AUGUCGCAACAGCCCUCAACGCCAGUCAAGGUGCCGUCCGCAGCGGCAAACAACACCCCCGCAACCCUCGACCCCGACCUGCGCUCGCAAAUAAAUACCGUCCUCUUGCGAGACGGCCAUGUCACAAAAAUCCAAGAAGCCCUCCUCCACGCCCUCAACUCCAACUCGUCCAACUGGCCGACGCAGAUCCAAACCCACGCUCUGUCGCUCCUCCGCUCCGGCGAAAUCACCACGUACCCCGCGCUCCUUCGCCGCAUCCUCGACGACGUUCGCGAAGCCACCGCAUCCAACUCAUCCCCCACAAACGGCAGAACCACCAACGGCGAUGCCAAAAAGAUGAACGGGUCAACCACAACAUCCACCGAGAAACCAAACCUAGCUAUUCCCGCCACCGUCAUCGAGGAAGCCCUCCGCGUGACGAGGGAAAGCCUAGAAGCAGUCUGUGAGAUCGACGACCACGGAGCUAGCUGA